CCACUCAACAUCAGCUGUGCGAGGAACUAAAGAUCUCACAAUACACUAUUCUGUGGAUAACAGACCACCAAAGGGAAAGUGACAGCUUGAUUCUCGGAGUCGCCUUCCUCCCAAAGUUCUAGUCGUAGAAUUUUCUCCCAAUCGAAAACUGUCGGAUAUCAGCGAAGCGGCAGGAGUCCCCGACGGAGAGAGCACAAGGACCCCACGUUGGAUAUUUCCUACGCCUUAUUAAACUUGUCCUGCUACCGAUUAGAGUGUUUCUUGUGUACAUAGAUUGUUGAUAUACGAAUUGUUCGAUUGUGAAUUUCAGACUGAAAGAAGCAGAUUGUUCCCGCGCACCCUCAUUCGGACUACUUUUUUCACGCAAACAGGUCUUGUUCUCUACAGUACAAUCUUUCAGCAUGGCUCCAACCGCUAUCAGCGACAUUUUACCCUCGGGCCCUUUUGCCUCGAAAUCGGUCAAGCCGGCCGACCAAGAACACCACGUUCACGGCAUGGAAGACAAGUCACCAAUGGCGGCCAUCUCUCACGGCGACGUGAUGCUCCCUGGUGUCCCUACAUUUACAGACAUGGCCGCUAAGCGUCAAUGGCAACUCGAGCACAUGGCAGCGGCUUUCCGCCACUGGGCUCGAGAGGGCUACGUCGAGGGUAUCUCGGGACACAUCAGUGUCAGGGACCCAGAACAUGAGGAUGUUUUCUGGACAAAUCCCCUCGGUGUACACUUUGGCCUCCUCAAGGCAAGUGACAUGAUCGCAGUCAACUUUGACGGCAAGGUCGUUGGCGGCAACCGAACUCGCCCUCCCAACGCCGCUGGGUUUUUGAUUCACAGCGAAGUCCACAAGGCUCGUCCAGACGUCCACGCCGUCUGCCACGCACACACGGUCUACGGCAAGGCGUGGAGCGUGUUCGGCAAACCCAUCGAGAUGCUCACCCAGGACGCUUGCAAGUUCUACAAGUCGCACAGCGUGUACAACUCGUACGGCGGCGUCGUGCUGGCCAGCGAGGAAGGCGCCCAGAUCGCCAAAGCCCUCGGCCCGACCAACAAGGCCGCCAUCCUGCGAAACCACGGUAUCCUGACGGUCGGCAAGACGGUCGACGAAGCUGCGUUCUUGUUUUUGUCGAUGGAGCACGCGUGCCAGGGUCAAUUGCUCGCCGAGGCCGCUUCUCAAGGCGGUAACAUCCCGAAGGUCCUCAUCGACGACGAAGAGGCCGCAUACACCAACAAGAUGGAAAGCGACUCGGAAACGUGCUACGCCGAGUUCCAGGCCUAUUAUGAAUGGGAGGACUACCACACCAAGGGAGAGUUCAAGAAGUGAUGAAAGAUAUAUACUUAUGAGGCAUGUGACGAAGGAUCCAGCGUCGUGGUACGUACGGGAGGAAGCAAAGAGACGUGUGAAAUGACAUGACAACUGGAGAAGACACAGGGGCAUUGGCGGAGCCACACCUAAGGAGGCUGUACCAACAAUUGUGUGCGGAUCCAUUCAUUGGAUUGAAACGGCCAGCCUUUGACUGGUCUUCUAUUGGCUUGUGAGAAAUCACCACAAAUCAAAGCACAUGCGUUUCGGGACAAGAUGAUGCAUGGCCAUCUGAUCUGCACGAAACGUGUAUGCAAAUCCCUUCAUUGGUUGUAUAUAACUUGGUGAGACUGCAUUUGGCAUAGAAUUUUUGGAAUCAAAGCACAUUAGGUACAGAC